UAUUUAUCUGUUCCCAAUGGGAGAACUAUGAUUGAAUACUAUGCUAAAAAGAUGUAGAUGAGAAGAGAGUGGGAUGAGGGACCUGGAGUUGGGGCCUUUUCUUUUUUCUUUUUAUAUGUUUAAAAUCUCAGUGGCAGGUUAUGAGCAUAUCACAUAAGUGAAAAAGUGUAAAUAAAGUAAUCAUACAAUGUUGAUCACUUAAUUGAUCCCAAAAGCACUUCACAUUUUCAAAUCUCAAUUAAAAUCCCAAAUAAACAUGCCUUUUUUCACCUUUUGCAUUUUAUUCUCAUACAAAUUUUUUAUCCUGGUUUGUAUAUAAAAGCUAAGGUUUCUGUAUAUAUUAGCUUAUAACUUGUAAUCUUUUUUCCAUUAAACCUUUUAACAAAACUGAGUUUCAAGAGUUUAUUAUCAAUGGGGAUCCCUGAAGUUCCUAGCCCACCUGAUCAUUUGUAUCCUCAAGCACUUCAACUUAAACUUUAUCAAGCUUUCAUCUUCUCAAUCCCAAUACUAUUUUCUAUAAUCUUGUUUCUGUUGUUUUACUUGUUUUAUCUCAAAAGACGGGCUUCUAUUGGUUCUAAUUCCACUGUUGCAACACCUCCAAGAAGUUCAAAUCAAGCUAUUAUUCAUGUUAGUCUCUUCUUCAGUUCUUUUUUGGCUCGGGCUCUUCAAAAAUGUCGACGGGGUGAAGUAGAUGUAAAGGGGAUGCUCAACAACAAGCUUCCAGUAAUACUAUUUGAUGAAGAUUCAAUGACGAGGGAUUCACAGUGUUGUGUUUGUUUGGGAGAAUUUGAGAUCAAAGAAGAGCUGCACCAGCUACCUUCUUGUAAGCACAUUUUCCAUGUGGAAUGUAUACGCCAUUGGCUCCGUUCAAAUUUCUCUUGUCCGCUCUGUAGACGCCACGUCAUUAUUACCAACAAAAAUCCGCAACCAGCUUCUAAUAACAACCCUACGAAUAUCAGCGAAGGGGAAAGGGAACAACACGAUAGAACGGUUAUCAAUAAUAUUAGCAGAGAAGAGCACGAGCAGCAUGUGGUGAUAAUAGAAGAAUUGUCUAGUGCUAGUAGUUCAUCCUCUAGCACUGUUGAUAAUACUGAGAGGCAUUAUUCUUCACAUGUAGAAGCUCUUGUAAUUAGUAUUGAUAAGACCCCUGAUACAUGAAUUUUAGGUAUUUUCUCGGAUAAAAUUGGAACGAUAUAGAGAGGAUUUAUGUGACCCCUACACAAUGAUGACACACAAAUCGAGAAAUGGUCCAAAUUUUCCUUAGGAAAAAAAAAGGAAUUUGAGGGACUGCUUAAUUUUGCUGCAUUUGUGGAAUUGUAUAUAUAGAACGGGGAGUUUAUGAUACCUAUACACAGCAGUAUCUGAUUAUUAGAUGGAACUUUGCAAGAUCGUGAUUUUAAUUUACUUCUCAUUUAAAAGAAUG